ACGGUCCGCACUCCGAGCGCGGUAAGCGGUUCAGUAGUGAAGAAACGACCGUCCUGGUCGCGCACACCGUGUACCGCGUAUCUGUUAACACGCUCGUGGUCGUUGCCGCGUGAUCGAUUCGUAUUACAACAGUUGUACUGGCAACGUAUUAAUUUUUAAUAUUUCGUUUGACUUCGUGACUUUUCCGUUACAAUUCCGCGUCGUUGGAUAAUCGGAGCGUCUCGGCCUGCGAACGGAGUACGCGCCCUCUCGGCACGGCGAAGAAAUAGGGCACGCGAUCUACAUGGGAUACGUCGUGCUGGACUGCUGCAGUAUGUGUGUGCUUUCGAUCUUUAACCAAACAGACGGUCAUCGCCAAUAAUAAUAAUGGGUACAAAAAUGUGUCCUAAUAACAAACUUGGUUAAAUAUGACUAUCGGUAUCAAACGAUGUCCCUUGUUGGAUACUCUUACAACUCAACUGUAUAGAUGAAGUUUCAUCCAGGUUGGAUAGUUUGGAUUUGGGCGUGCAUUUCCUUAGUCCUAUGUCAAGAUGGCAUCGGUACCAACAAUGCAACGAAGAAUUCCAUACUAUCAGAAGUUUCAAAAUUACAAAAUUUUGAAGUUACGACGUCACAAAAGCCUACCCUUACGGUUCGAGAAGAGCAAAUUGAAGAUGAGUUAAGUAAUGGUGCUACUACCACAGAAAAAUUUAUGGAAAAACGUAAGUUUGUAAUUAAACCUUUAAAAGAAACCGAAGAAUACCGGGAAGUCUUUACAGUCAGAUUCAAUGAAACCGGUCCAACUACUAUAAGAAGUAGUCUCAGUUCGACCAAUAAAAUUAAAACUUCGUUUUCGUCAAGCUUCACAAAAUAUGAUGAGCCUGAAGAUGUCACCGAUAUUGAUGAUUCCGAUUUUACCACAUCAUUCGAUGGUUUGACGAAAAAAGGACCCAUCGAUAAUGGAGAAAGAAAAACUAGACAACGUUUAGAUGGAUUAAAAGGUGUUACGACAAAUAGGGGAAAAACGAGAUUCCAAAAUGAACAAGGAACUUCAGAAAUUCCUGAAAAUUUGACAAUUUUACGUCACAAAAAACCUAUUAGAGUUAAACCAAUUGAUCAAACCGUUAAAGAUGAUGUUGCUUUGACUUCAACAGCUGAUGAUUUAAUUGAUACUACUACAAUAAUGGAUAAUUCUGAAAUUGAACUGCAGAGGCCAAAGUUCCAAAAACCACCACUGAUUGCUACUCACCAUCCAAAUUUUGGAACUUCAACUGAAGCAUCUCGUAGACCCACAAUUAGAUCAAAUUUAAAUUUAAAACAAAAAAUAAUUUCUUCUACAAUUAAAACAAAACCGUUUGAACCGUAUGUAACGGAGCCUGAAAUUAUGAUAACCAACAACAAUACAGCUGAAGUCGGCUCUCUUAGUUUGCAAUUAAAUAAAAUGAGACCAAUUAAAGUGAUUGCUCCAAAAGGGUCAGCAGCUCAACAGCCUAUUCCACCAACAGCGACAGCUUGGGCUUUGGCAUCGUUAAAAGCGCCAAAUAACACCAAUAGAAUUUUCAAGAAACCUUUAAAUGUAACAAGUUUACAAGAAACGGUUACUAAAAUUAAACCAUUCAUUACUUGGUCUACUAGAUUGCAAAAAACAAACGAAGACAAUUUAAACACUACUUCUACUUCAAACGGUACAUUAUCCACCGGGGAGUCCAACGAGACAUUUACAGGUACGCCUGAAACAUACGUAUCAUCGAGUGAAUCAAGUACUACUAAUCGAUUAACUCCGGAAAUUACAUCGACGGAAUCUUUAAUACAUACGAUUUCAAUGUUGUCAACAGGUCAUAAACCAAAAAUAAAUGAUUCUACCAUGAAUGUUUUUGGUGGUGACACUGAUCAAAAUAAGUACGAAGUAUAUGGAUCUCAAAAGCCUGAUGUUGAAAAUGCAACUACAGUAAUUGAAACAUUACGUCCAUCGUCAUCUACAACGCCCACGGAAUCCCAAAAUUCUAAUUUGUUGUUAGUAACAUCUUAUAAAUCAAUUUUCGAAAAUAAUAAUACUUCAGAUGUACAACAAAAUAUUUUUACAUCGUCUGAAAUCCCUGUGUCACAAAUCGCACCGAAGCUAGAAGUUACAAAAGUUGAAUUCACAACACUAUCGACGGACCCAUCAAACAUUUUACAUAAUGAUGGAGUAACGAUAAAUACUGAAGAUAUAGGAGACCAUAAAUUACCAGUGGUACAGACUUCUACUGAGAUAUUUAGUAAAGCACCGGGACUUUUAUUUGAUUAUUCAGAAUAUCACGAUAGUAAUAAAAUGCCGACAACGACUGGAGUCCAAUCGAGUAAUUCAGAUAUAGAAUUUUCGAUUUCUCAUGAUGGUAUUGAUUUAAAUAACCAAAAUCAUUCGACUACUACUGAACAUUAUAUAGAAAGUAUCAAAACUAAGUUAGAUGAUAAAAUAACGGAAUCAAUGGACAAUCACGAUUCAUUGGAAAUGAUUGAUUUUACACAUAUGUUUUCGUCUGAGAAUCCUAUACCUAGCUCUACAGCAGGAACUGAAGUUGUAACAGCGAUUUCAGAAAAAACCUCAUCGGAAUUAUCCCAACUACCAUCUAAUGAUAUAUCGAAUACUUCUCAAGCGCCUAGUUGGUCCAACACCCCUGAUCCGUCUUUUAUCGAUUUCGAAUAUAACUCAACUGACAGCCACGAUGAUGCAGGAGAUGAUGGCCAAAAAACAUUUGAAUCCUCUUCACAAAGUCCCAUGGUAGUUAGUGAACCAAUUUCAGAAUCUGAUAUUUCUGAAAACGAUGUUCCUAUAGUCACUAGCUUAUCAAGUUCAACAACAUCAACUACAUCAACAACAACUACAACAACAACAACAACUACUACUACUACAACGACUCCGAGACCAACAACAACAACCACGACAACUCUGAGACCCACCACAACGACUACAACCACACUCAAACCAAUAGCAACAACAACUACAACUACUCAAAUACCAACAACAACUACAACUACUCCAAUACCAACAACCACACAAAAAAUAACAACGACUUAUUCUCCACCUAUAGUAAUUGAAAUAACUACUCCUACUACAACUACUACUGUGAAGCCGUCCUCCACACAAUCUUCCACCACUAUAUCACCAAAUAAACAAACUACAACAACUAUUAAGCCAAAUUCAAUUACCUCAAGACCAAAACCAGCUGUGGUCGAUUCGAGUUCGACUACUUUCGGACCAAAUCAACCAAUCAUUCAAUCAUAUUUAAACGUUAUGAUUAACUCGACAAUGGCAGACGUAUGUGAAAACAAAGACGAACUUAAGGAUGCUAUUAUCAAACUAUUUGAAAGUGGUAGCGAAAGUGUUCAUUCGAAAAAUCAAAUUAGAUUCCUAAACGUCUUCGAAAAACACUGUUUUCACCCUAAUGAUGAGAAAAGUCCGGUGGAAGUUGAAUUUUACUUGUUAAACAGUAAUGGUGAAUAUAACACGUUUAUGAACGAAGAGUUUCUUAACUUACUACACAACCAUCCAUUUGAUUACAAAUCAAACGUAAUAAGAGCCAAGUUUAUGAAACGAGCUAUAGAAAUUGACGUUGAUAAGGAUGAAACUGAAAAUCCAAGGGUUAAGGCUGCCAUAUAUCUAUCAUGUAUAGCCGGUGUUUGCACCCUCCUUGUAUUGAUUUUAAUAAUUGUCCGCAAACGUCAAAAACGAUUCAACUAUGGACAAAGGUGUACUCCUGUUUCAUUGGACGACUAUAGUAUGGACAAUAUAUCGGUGUUCAACAGCUUUAGAAGAAAAGGCGCUCGAAGAGCGUCAAAACGGUCAUAUGGGAAUCCGGCUUUCGACGAAUCUUCGGCUUGUUCACAUGUAUUGAACUUUGCUGGGCUGGUGAGCUUCUCGGAAGACCGACCGGCGAUUGACGAGGAGUUUUCCAAUGUACCAGUGAUCACAGUGAAACCAGACGAAUUGCCACCGGGUGCUGAAACGAAGAACCGUUACGCCAAUGUCAUACCAAUGCCAGAAACGAGAGUUCUGCUGAAUCCGCGUGGUUCUGGACUGAAUUCGGACUACAUAAAUGCCAAUUUUGUCAAGGGAUAUAAGGGUGCCGACAAGUUUUAUAUCGCUUGUCAAGCUCCAAUGCAGUCCACCGUGCCCGACUUCUGGCAAAUGAUUUGGGACCAAAAUAGUAGAGUCAUCAUCAUGGUCACAAGCUUGACUGAGAAAGGAGUGGAAAGAUGUGCUGACUAUUUACCGCCUUCCGAAGUCUUGGAUUGUCACCGGUUGUUUGGUGACUAUCAAAUAACAUUGAAGAAACGCGAAGUAAAGGAGAAAUUUAUCAUCUCCAAUUUGCAGUUGAAGAACCUGGAGACGAACCUUUGGCGGGACGUGACGCACCUGUGGUACGGUGGUUGGCCGGUGCAAGGUGUGCCAUCCGACCCAGGCGCAAUGUUGGCGUUCGUCAUGGAGGCCAGAUCGCACAUGAAGACCAACAGCGGCCCUCACGUGGUGCACUGCAGCCCCGGUACCGGUCGGACGGGUACGGUUAUCGCAUGCGACAUGGCCAUCAGAGAUUUUGAACUUACGCGGACCGUCGACGUCCCGAAAACGGUGUACGCGGUCCGGCGGUGCAGGGCCGGAGCGGUCCAGACCAGAGACCAGUACGCUCUCAUAUACAAGGUGGUGAAUCUGUAUGCAAGUAAACUCUCAGGAGGUGUAUUGGAUUCAUUUUAAAGACAUCUUACUCAUCUUUUAUUUUUAUAUUUAUAUAUAAUAUAUAUUUUAUUAUAUAGUUAGUUAUUACUUAUUACAUAGGUAAUUGAUAAUUUUAUUAUAUCUUUUAUUACUAUUUGUUAAUAUUAUAAUAGGAUGGUGACUCUCUUUUGUACUAUAUAAAACUCUUAUAUUUUAUAAGUUCGUGUUUAGGAUCCGAACAAAAUUAUUAUAAGUCAGGACGAUCAAUAAUCUCCGAGUUCAAUCAGCGUUUCUGUGAUAAGCAAAUUAUAAUUCGUGAUCAUUCGUGCUAAACGAUCAUCAUUGAUAUAUAUUUAAGAUCUUUUGAAAAAGACGGUUAAAUAAUAAUUAACAAUUAAACUCUUUGUCCCUUUUAUUUUUAUUACUAUUACGUAUAUAAUAUUAAUUAUGUGAAUAGACGAAUUUGUUAUUAUUACGAUUCAAUUUUAAGAAAAUUCGUGGGAAAAUUUCUCGAUGAAAUCUUUAAGUGGAUCGUAUGUAAAUCUUUGACUUAAAUUUUUUUUUCUUUUUGUACAACCCGAUGGUUUAUUUCCUCCGUUGAACCCAUACAUCGCUAUAGUAGAUUCUGUGGAUUUAUUGUUGUAACAACCAUUUAACAAGUAUUUCAAGAUAUAUAAUAUUUAUAAUAUGUUUACUAAGUUUGUUUACGAUUCGUGUAAAACAAUAAUGAAAGUUCCUCUUUACGUAUUUACUUUCGCAUUGUCGGUAUUAAUACAGAUAACUAUAAUAUUACCUACCUAUUGUA